AAAGUCACCCAAGUUUGACCUGACCACUAUAACAGUGUUUCUUAAAGAGACAGUAUUAUAAAUACGGGCUUUGAGGAACUCAAGUAUGGAGCGCUCUAAACUGAAACAAAUGCUUCCAUGUGAAAAUGAAACCGCAGGUAAAGACAGUGCAGUCAAUGGACUGCACUUUGACGGCCGUCUGAAGAUGCCUGGAUGGAGCGCCGGUGGUGCCGCUGAGGUAGACAUGAGCUCUGUUCCGUCCUCGAGCGUGAGGGAGUGUUGGCGGGACGAGCGCUUUCGCAGUAUAGAGGACAAUGAAGCGAGCCUACCGAGCAUCGCUGACGCUUACACCACAAUUAUCAGGGGUCUCGGGGAAGAUCCGCAGCGACAGGGACUCCUCAAAACUCCACGGAGAGCUGCUACUGCCAUGCAGUUCUUCACCAAGGGAUAUCAGGAAAAAAUCAUCGAUGUCCUGAAUGACGCAAUCUUUGAUGAAGAUCAUGAUGAGAUGGUGAUUGUGAAGGAUAUUGACAUGUUUUCCAUGUGCGAACACCAUUUAGUUCCUAUUUUUGGUCGGGUGCAUAUAGGUUACCUCCCGAACAAGAGGGUUCUUGGUCUGAGUAAAUUGGCGCGGAUUGUUGAGAUAUACAGCAGGAGAUUGCAAGUUCAAGAGCGGUUGACCAAACAGAUUGCUGUUGCUAUCACUGAAGCAUUACAGCCUGCUGGGGUCGGGGUGGUCAUCAAGGCAACUCACAUGUGUAUGGUUAUGAGAGGCGUCCAGAAGAUGAACAGCAAUACGGUGACCAGCACCAUGCUGGGCGUUUUCCGGGAGGACCCCAAGACACGAGACGAGUUCCUGACCCUGGUCCGGUGCUGAGAGGGUCAGUCUGCGAUCUCCACUGCCAAAACACUCAGACCAGCCCCACAUCUCAAAGGAGUCACCUCCGGUUCUGCCUCUAGAUGAGGCACUGCUGCUUUGUAUCAUAGUGUCCCACCCAUAUCUGGGGUGGUUACCUCGGCAAAACCAUGUCCUCUGUAUCGUGUGUGUGUGUGUGUGUGUGUCAGUGACUGGGAUCUUGUUCUCUGUGGUUCAUCAGGUUUAAUCAGUAGAGCUUUGGGAGUCUCUAUUGACAAGACUGUGGUUAUUGCUGUUACACAAAGACGUAUUUUCAAUAAAGACCAUUUCAAAAGUUUACACAAUGACAUUCAAAAUUUAAAGGCAUAGUUCUCCAACAAAUGUUUAAUUCUGCCAUUAUUUCCUCAUGUUUAUGUUGUUCCAAACAUAUAUUCCUUUCCUCUGUGUAAUAUAAAGGAGACAAAAUACCGGUUACCUAAAAUACCUUUUUUCUAUACAAUGAAAGCAAAUAGUGCCUGAGGCUGUCAUUUUGCCUAACCUCUCCUUUUAUUUACCAUAGGAAAAAGUAGUAAAUACGAGUUUGGAACAACAUGAUGGUGAGUAAAUGAUAACUUGGGUGAACUAUCGCUUUAAACUGAAAAAAGCACAAUGUGACCUCACCAAACUGUCAAGUACCAAAUCUACCGAAAUUUGUUUACAUCUCUUUCCCUUUGGGUCACAUUUGAGAUCUAUUAAAUUAAACUGAGUCACACGAGAUAUCUGACAAAAUGUUUUCUUUUUACACUUUUAAAAAGGGAGGUGCGUGUCAUUUACAACAUCCAUACAAUUUGGCCAAAUUUUACAAUGACAACCCCAACAAAAAAGUGCUGUGGCGGUACCAUGGUAGUGUAUCAGAUGGUAAUACCCAGUGGUUUAUAAAAACAUGGUACUGAAUGAUUACCAUAUUCAUAUAUUGUGAUAGUACUACCAUGAGACAUGUCCAAAAACAUAUUAGCACUGUACCAUGCCUAUAACACAUGAUAAUACCAUGGUACUAUGAUAUAAAUUAUUAACAUAUUCACACACAAUUAUAUUUACUUUCCUCAUGGUACUUCAAAAAGAUUACUAAUCCAAAAAACAUGGUAAUACCAUGGUACUUUGAUAUAUACCAUAUUAUAAAAUGAUUACCAUACUGUACCAUGGUAUUUACAUGUUACUCCAAGGUACUUCAAAGAUUUCCAUGGUAUUACCAUUAUACAUGUCCAUAAACAUAGUAUUACUAUGGGUCCAUGUCCAAAAACAUGGUAGUGCCAUGACAUUUUAAAAUAAAUUACAUAAAUUAUUAUUAUUAAUAUAAAAAGUAUUAUUCAUAUACCAUGAUAUUUACAUGGUGCUCAAUGUACUUGUGCAACAUAUGGUGAUACCGUAGUAGUAUCACCAUGGUAUACAGUAUGUCCAAAAAAUACAUAGCAAUGGUAUACAAUGGUAUCAUGUCUAAUAUACAUGGUAAUAACAUGGUACUUUGAUAUACCAUGGUACUAAAUGAUUACCAUAUUCAUAUACCUUGGUAUUUACAUUGUACUCCAAAAUACUUCAAAGAUUUCUAUGGUAUUACCAUGGAGCAGGUCCAAAAGCCCAUAGUAUUACUGUGGUACCAUGCCCAAAAAAACAUGGCAUUACCAUUGGUACAAGUGAAUUGUCCCAAAGGGGUUUUAUCAAUCUUUUAUUUUGUGCUCAAAUGUAUUGAAAGUACGUGGCCUUAUAAUAUAAUAUUUACAAAAUGUGUCCAUCAGUCAAUAAUUGUGCCCAGACCCACAGUAUCAUCUGUUUUUAUGCUUGAUCAAGCAAAGUGUUUGUUUAAACUACUCAUGAACAGUAUUUACAAAGUCCUAACAAGUUUUGUGCAACACUUUUAUUUUGCAUUUAAAAUCAACUGUCUGAAAUAGCAUGUUAAAGUGAUGACCAGGUGCAGUCUUCUAAAUGCCCUGUCUUUAUGGUGAUAGAUUUUGUUUACCCUAUGAAGGUGGUCUUUUUUUUUUUUUUUUUUGGUCUGGAAAAAGACCAGAGGUGAAAGGUGCAUUCGAGGUCAAAAUACAGUAGUCCCUGCUUUUGCACACUAUGGCAGAGAUACUUAUUAACGAUACAGAAAGUACUUGAAUUGAUGUGAUCUUUCUAAAUAAAAACCAUGCAGAAAAGAGGGGAAACUAACAUCUAAAAAUACAUUAUUUUAAGAUUCUACAUUUGUAGAACUUUUGUAUGUUUACUCUGACACAUGUUUACGUGACCUUGGACAUGAGUUUGAAUAUGAAAUGCAUAUGUAUAAUUUUAGAGAAAGGAUUAUAUGAAAGGGAUCAUUCACCCAAAAUUCUGAAAUUUGUGUCAUUUACUCACCUUCGUGUACUUCAAACCUGUAUUUAUUUCAUCUAUGGAUCACAAAAUGAGAUGCUAGGCAGGUCUUAAUCACCAUUCAAUUUUAUCAGGCAUUUUUUUCCCAUACAAAUAAAAUCCUAAAGGUUUUGAACAUCAAGUGGGUGAGUAAAUUAUGACAGAAUGGAUGUUCAUCCAUUUUGGGAUGAACAAUCCCUUUAAACAACAGUUAGUACUAUGGGUUUACCGAUAUGUUAUUGCUUUGGAAAAAGAGUUUAACUUUUAACAAACAGUAUGUAAGAUGUUUAAUGUCACAAUCACUUCAUAUUAGAAUCAGAGUAAAGAAAAUGAGCACUUGAUAUUGAGAAAUCUAGUGUUAUUCAUGUGACCUUAAUAAAUAAGCCUUUUAUAUACGUAAUACUUUGCAAUUGAUGUUCAUUACCAUUUUCAGCUCAACAAAUAAA